UGUGUGGAUGGGACUACAACCAUAGCAUCAGUCCAUUUCUAGUGAUACAACUGAUUUCACAGAGCUUCUUUCACUGUACUGUGCGAUGUAACAUGUGGAUAGUUUACAUCAUUUAAUGAAAAGCUUAGAAAGAACCAUUUUUCGCGGUGUUAUGUUGGCCGUAAAGCAGGACGCGGCGGCAUUUACGACCAUGGUGUGACGUCACUAUCGUAAUGUUGGAGAAUGUGUCGGUAAAUAAAGGCUUAGCUUUGAGUUGUAAUUUCAGAACGGCUUUUAGCUGCUCUUUUCUGCUUGAUAUUUAUAUUUUGUUAAAUGUAUACGAGAUAAUUGAAUAAUAGGGCAUGGUCAUGGAUGUCAGUUGAAACUCGGCUAGCUAUGUGCUGCUAGCUGUAUUCUUACAUUGUGCACAGAGCAGCUCUCUUUAGCUUAAUGCUAACGUUGGCUAACUUGCUAGCUUACACUUGAAAUUUAUCCACCAAACGUUUGCGUGUAAAACAUUAAACCACAACCUGGACUGCGCGUGGGGCUAGUUUAUCCACUUCAGCACUGAAAGCAAUAUUAAUAUAAAAUGUCAGCGCAAAAAGACUGUGAGUUUUUGGUGAAGAGAGCCCGGGAGCUGGUCUCUGAUGAUCCCUGUGCGGCUAAAGCCUGGCUCAUCACAGCCAGGACACUUUACCCUGCAGAUUUCAACAUACAGUAUGAAAUGUACAUCAUUGAACGCAAUGCAGAGAGGACAGCAUCAGCAGGGAGACUGCUGUAUGACAUGUUCAUAAACUUUCCAGAUCAGCCCAUUGUUUGGCGAGAGAUCAGUGUCAUCACAGCUGCCCUGCGCAGUGACUCCCAGGACAAACAUGCACAGUUCCUACGAGGGCUUUUUGAGACACUGCCUGGCCGUGUGCAGUGUGAGAUGCUACUGAAAGCCACAGAGCAGUGUUUCAACACUUUGGAGAAGGCAGAGAUGCUGCUCCUUCUUCUUAAGCGCUUUCCAGAGUCUGUGGUCCAACAUGGGGUCAAUUUAGGAGAAACACUGUUGGAGGCGGAGGCAUCAGAGAAUGUGGAGACUCCUGUCAACUGCUUUAGAAAACUUUUUGUGUGUGAUGUCCUUCCUUUGGUCAUAAACAACAUGGACAUGCGCUUGCCGGCCAGCCUGAUGCAGAAGUACAUGCUGAAAGCAGCUGAAUUCUACAUAGGCUAUGUAACCCGUGGACCCUCACCUGAUAUACAGAUACAGGGCUCUCAAGAAGGUGGGUCUCUGAAGUCGCCCACUGUGUCCCGUGCCUCCCAGCGUUAUGUGAUUGAUGGCCUGUCAGAAAAGUCAUCAGUGGUAGCAGAACCGUGGGAGAGGCUGUUGGAUAUCCUCGCUGUGGUUGGAGCACGCUGCGAGUGGCAGGGAGACAAGGGACAAAGGAGUUAUGUGGACAUGCUGCUGAGAGUGAAGGAGCUGUGUCGCUACCUGCCCGGUCUGGAAGGUGAUACAAGGUCCCGCUGCUGCAGUCAAGUGGUCAUCUGUGCUGCGCUCGUCCUCUUCCACAGCGCCUUCCUCUAUGUCUCAGCUGUGCAGCCUGCACUGUUCCAGGGUGUGAAUGCGCUGAAUUCGUGGCCGUGGAUCCUUGUGGAGGAUUUGAGCUCGGUGUAUAAUGAUGUGGAAGUGGAGAGAGGAGCAGUUAAACAUGCACAUAAGAAACGCAAGCUGGCAGAUGGGAGAGAAAAGACGAUGAGCUCGGAUGAUGAGGAAGGGUUGGGAAAAGGUCGUGGUCGACAUAUUUUAGUGAACAAGACUGAGAUGCCCAGCUGGUCAGAGACUCUGGAGAGCUUCCGCACAGCGAGGGAAAGCUGGGACCUUCUUCACUCCCAUGACGGCCUCGAAACUGAGUUCAAGAAAAUCUGUGCCUCUUGGAAGACGGACGGCUGGCUGUGGUUCAGAAUAUUCCUCACUGACAUGAUCAUAUACCAGGGACAGUACCGUAAGGCCCUCUCCAGCCUGCACCAGAUGGCCGCAGUGCAGCAGCCUCAGGCUGGGCAGCAGAGCCCCUCAGGUCAGGGCAGUCUGGAGCACCACAGGGCCCUCAUACAGCAGGCGUCCUGCCACUAUGCUCUGGGAGAAUACAGGAUGGCCUGUGAGAAGCUGCUUGAUGUCGUUGGUGGGCUGGUGCCCCCGACCCAAGAACCAACAAGGACCCCAGAGGAUCAGGGUAGAGUCAAGACCAAAGCGAGGAAAGGUAAUGACCUGAGGUUGCUUCCCUGCACCAGCAAAGCUGUGUUACCUUUCUGUCUCCAGCUGAUGUUGUCCUGCUUUAAGCUCCGUGCCUUCACAGACAGUCGCGACGACCUGUCACUCGGUCACGUGGUGGUGCUCCUGCAGCAUGACUGGCCGCAGGGCGAGAUGCUGUUUUUAAAAGCAGUGGAUAAGAUCUGUCAGCAAGGCAGUUUCCAGUAUGAGAAUUUCUUCAAUUAUGUCACCAACAUUGACAUGCUGGAGGAGUUUGCAUACCUGCGCACUCCAGAAGGGGGGAGGAUACAACUGGAGCUGCUGCCCAAUCAGGGAAUGCUGAUCAAACACCACACAGUGACUCGUGGGAUCACCAAAGGAGUGAAGGAAGAUUUCCGUCUGGCCAUGGAGAGGCAGGUGUCGCGCUGUGGAGAAAACCUGUUCAGUGUGCUUCACCGUUUCUGCAUCAACGAGAAAAUCAUCAUCAUCCAGUCUCUUCCUUGACACCUGGCCUGUGACUAUUGAACCUUUUCAUAGUUGACAUUCCAGGCACAGUUUUAAUGCAGCUGGACUGACUUCAUGACCUCGACACAGGACACAUUUCUAGCUCCCUCGUCUUUAUCAUCAUGUAUCACUGAACUCUUACAAAAAGAAUUCGUCUCCUUGCCUUAAAAGUGGAUCUCUCUUGUCAGAGAGUUGGAGUUCGUUUUCUGAGUAUACAGUGCUAAUGCAGUUUCCUUAGUAUGUGUGUAGUUUUCCUCUGAACACACGCUCAACCACAUUUGAAGUGGUUUAAUCAUAUUGUGACAAUUUGUGGGAGUUGACGUUAACAAAAAAAUUAAGUGCAUUUUGAUAUUCUCGGGUAAAGUUUAUUGUUUUUGUUACAAACUUGAAGUGUUAGUUUAUAUAAAUGUUUCCAUUAAAUUUCCUCUUAAUGGUGUAAAGAAGUUGCCUUUCAUGAUUUAUAUCCUAGAAGCUCACAGGAAAUAGGUUUAUCUUCAACUAAUAGUACAAGAUAAAAAUAAGAAUACCAGAUACAAUGUACACGCUUUUUAGAGCACCGACAUGGGUUUACUCUAACUGCAUUCGCUCUUCUCUCUUCUGUCUAAUACAUACUUCCUUAUCUCACUUCCUUUUUCUCCCUAAAGCUACAGUUGGUCACUUUUAUAAGAAUCAUAAAACUGGGAACUGUCAAUACAUCCACACAAAAGUACACGAGACAGAUAAUCUGUGGGGAAAAAAAUCAUGUUCCUCUGCCUUUUUGUAGCACUUCUAAUGGCCUUGUGAACAAAACCAAUCAGAGGCGCAAAGUCUCUAACAGCUGUCAAUCAUGUCAAUCACUGCUCAUGAACUGAUUAAAUGACCAAAUAAUAAACAAGAUUCUGUUACUGCAUCUUCAGUUUCUCUCGUAGAAGAAACUCCUGCACACUGUCUAACUUGCAAAAAUAAUGAUUUUUAAUGCUGCAAUGUGACUAGAUCUUCAUCAGGCAAACAGUUUAGUAAAGAGAAGUCAUCUUAAGUAGAGUGAGUUUGCAAUUAGUCACAUUUCCCUCAGGCAGUGGGAAGGCUAAAUACCAAACAUCAAUUAGUGUAACAAUCAACAUUAUCCAGAGAAAUAGAGGAAUAAAGAAGGAAAAUUUAAAAAUCCUCACUGACAAUCUUAAACAUACCCCAUAGGUACAUUCUUGAGAAUAAAUGCUUAAGCCCUUAUUGUUAACUUGCAUUCUCUAAAAAUCAUACAUGACCAAAUCUUGAAGGGACAUUGAAAAAAGACCUAUAGGGAUAUGUUUACAUCAAGAAUAAGCAUCAAUACACAAAUAGGAAACUUUAUAAUAAAAUGCAACUAGGCCUCCACAAUGUCACAGAGUAAAGUUACAUCAAAAUAUACCAGAAUAUAAGACGGCUUUUCUUUGUCACAAAACUAUUUACCUGAUGAAGGUCUAGUCAGCGAAAUGGUGCAGCAUUAAAAUCAGUAUUUUUGCAAGUUACAGUGCUCUCCUACGAGCCUGUUUGGAAAUACAUGUGCAAAGUAUUCCUUUGUUUUGGGAUACAGCAGAUUUGCCAAUUUCUCCUCUCAAAUAUUGUCAGAAACUUAUGUUAGUGUACUGUUUAGCUGUAAAAUGAGAAAGUACCGUCCACCUGCGGAAGCGUUCUGAGAAAUAAGCAAUGCAGUUACAGAGUCUUAAUUCAUAUUUGAUCAGUGCUGCCUAGUUAAACAGGUUGACCACAGUUCAUGAGCAGUGAUUGACAUGAUCGACCGCUGCGUUUGAGACUCCUCCGCUCUGAUUGGUUGUUUUCAGUGACCCGGGUUAGAUUCAAGCAAAUUGCCUUGAAAAGGGCAUGAGUGGGAGGAGGAGCCAAAUUCUUCUCACAGAUUAUCUUUCUCGUGUAAUACUUUGUGGAUGUAAUGACCAUUUCAGCAAAUAUAAUUUUCAUAAAAGUUACCAAAUCAAAUCAAAUUUAUUUAUAAAGCAUGUUUAAAGACAACCAGAGUUGACCAAAGUGUUGUACAGUAAAAUAAAAUAAGUGAAAUAACAUAAUACGGUAACUGCAAAACGUUAGAGAAAUAACAAACCCAAAAACAUGCACAAGUAAGCGAAUUAAAAAAAAAUAAAGAAAAGAAAACACAGAAUAGUGAGAUCUGAAAUAAAAUAAUGAAAGAAAAAUGGAAACCUUUAGGACAAUCAAAGGCCUUAGAAAACAUGUGGCUGCCUAGCUUUAAACAUGUCUUUAAACAUGUCUACAGAACGGGAGCACAAAAUUGAAAAGGGUAAGCUGUUCCAAAGCGACUACUGCAAAUGCACAAUCACCCUUCCCCGAUUGCGGGACUGCCAGGAACAACUGCUCUGAGGAUCUUAGAGAUCUAGUGUUGGAAAGGGGGCAGAGGAGCUCAGUGAAGUAUUUGGGUGACAGGCCAUGUGAGGCUUUAAAAACAAAUUGUACCAACUGUAUCUU